GAGCGGCGUGGAAUGAAGGAAGGCCCCGGCUGGCAGCCAGAAGGCCCCCAUCGGCCCUGAUUGCUGGCCAGCCUAAGAACCCUACUCAUGCAUGAAUUUCAUGCACCGAGCGUCUAGUAACAUCAUAAUAACAUUUCAGGGAUCACAGGAUGGUAUCCUAUUCUUUUACCAGAAGAUGGGGCCAUGCCUCAUGGCUUGGAGCUCAUGCAGAAGAUUGUGGGUGGUCUGGAGCUUUCAGUUUCCUUCACCCAUCCUGGAGACAGAGAACGGGUGUUGGAAGCUGCUGAACUAUUGGGCUGGAGCUUUGAGAAUAACCUGAAGGAUCUUGUCAAGAUGGAUGAGGAGGAGCCAGCCACUAUCACCAUCUCCACACCAAGGCUCUGGCUGCCCCUCCAUUGCGUGCUGCUUGCUGGGCAGAAGCACAUUCAUAAGAGCACAUAUUGCUACCUCCGCUACAAGCUGUAUGAUCAUGAAUGCUUUUGGACUCCUCUCAAGAAACCUAAGGAAUCUACAAACCAAAAGCAGGUCAUAGUUACUUUUAAGGCAUCCAAAAAAGCAGAAAUCUUUAGGGGCCCGUCACUGCUUUGGUACUUCAGGGAGGAGAGAUUAGAGAUCCAAGUGUGGCGGGCUUAUGGCAAUGAAAAUGUGGAGAGGCCCCACAAUACGGACAGCUGGAUUGGCUCAGCCUUUGUGGACCUGUCCAGACUUGGGGAGAGGACAGCACGGACACUAACUGUCAGUGGUGUGUAUCCUCUAUUUGGACGAAACGCUUCCAAUCUCUCAGGAGCUGCCUUGCGAGUUCAUGUGUCUUUCCUCUCUCCCCCCAUACCCUGGGCCCACUCAUGA